AUGGAAGAUUCAUUGGAUGAGGGUUACGAUGGCCCAGAAUGUACCGAUGAUGUUGAGCCUGUGGCUAAAAAGAAAAGUAAAACAUUGACAAAUAUGUCAAUGUUAUCAUUUCUAACUGGUGCACCAAAAGCAAUAGACAAAAUCCAAAGUGAAAGUGAGAUUACUUUGAAGCCUUUGGCAGAUAAACGGGAUUAUUCAAAAAACAAGCAUGUUUGCAUGUUGUGUGCAAACGAUAACAAUUUGAAAGAUAAGCAAAUUGCAAUUUUGUGUCGUGGAAGUCUUCAUCAACUACGGAGACAUUAUGAACGCAGACAUGCUAACAAAGACACAAAUUAUGCUUAUUUCUCAAGGGAGAAAUUCAAAGAUGUUUUACCUAUUAAUCAUGUUCGUGUACCUAGUUACUUAAGAACUCUAUCAAACCAAAGUUCCAACAAGUCAAGCAAAGAGAAACAACCAAAUGUUCUUGCCGACCGUAGUACAUCACAUACGAAUUUGCCUGAUUUGAUUCAUUCCCACACAGAAACAGAAUUAGAAGAGGAAAAUGAUUUGCAUAAUAUUGAGCAAGCUACAGCAAUAACGACUGCCGGUGGUUCUGUUGCAGAAGCACCGGUAAUUGAGACCAGACAAAUGGUACAAGAGGGUAUUGAAACUUUCAUUGAGACUAAAAAGCCAGACUUUGAAGAGAAAGUCUUAAGUAUGAUAGAGAAUCUGAGCAAAAAAGUCGACAGUUUAAAAUUAACCAAGACACCUGUACCUGGUGCAGCAUCAUUGCCAUCAACAACCUUUGCUAAAGAGAUGGAAUCCUGCUAUAACAAGAUGAAGGACUGGAAAGAUGUCUAA